UAUGUAGAGUGUGGGGUUUUUUCUGGGUGAACUUUGAACAUUUGAGUGCUUUUGUUUUACAUGUGUAACCUUCCUUUCCUGGUCUGUGUGGUUUUCAUUUGUCUGUGUUAAUGACAAUUGCCUACCCCUCAAUUGCAGUGUGGGCUUUUGUACUUUGAACUUUGACCUGUGUUGCUAGCAGUACUCUGUUUUCUUGUCAGGAAGUGAGUUGACAUCAAAGCUGCUGACUAUCAUGUUUUAGCUGCCAGUGAUGGUUCACUUUCAGGAAAAAAAAAACCAAUCAGGAUAUGUUAAAAUAAAAAAAAUAAAAAAGUUUUUAUCCAUGGGAAAAAAGUGAUCGUGGGGUAUGUUUUGACUGUAUCUGACCUCAGCGAUAUAAAUAAAAUAUCUAACCUUGUGUUUGUUUUGAGCCUGUCUGUCUGAGCAACGCCCAGUUGGAUAUAUGAACACACACACACACACACACACACACAGAGAGAGUCUCCCGCAAAGUUCCCAAAAAUAUCCUCACCCUUUUCCACCUCAUAAUCCCCCUGCUGUGGUUCCCUAUCGCAGUAGGACUGCGAUAUAACAGAUGGGACAUGACGUUAGUCACGGUUCCAAUCAAAGCAUUUAUUCAUUCACGCCUGAAAGGCUGCGAUUCGUCUAUUCCCUCUCCCGAGCCCGCCCCUUCCCUAUAAAUUGGGAAGCACGGGUCGAAUUAGUCUCUUUGAAAACUUCGACCCGAAGUGUUACAAUCCAAGUGACCUUCGUUCUACGCUCAAUAAGUAGAUUUUUUGUGUGCUUUACGCUCAUUUGAGAGUUGGUGAGUUAUUCGGGUAUUUUACCCUCACUAGCUCCGAGUGCUACAAGAUUCGACUUACUGUUAAGAAAGUAGAGUCGUAGGGGAGGCGUAGGUGAACGAGAGAUGCGUAGGUGAACGAGAGGAUGCGUAGAACGUGAACGAGAACGAAAACGCGACAGGGAGAUCCAUCAUGGCAGCGCGCUGAACAAACUUCUAAACCCAAACACCAACAACUUUCGCCGGAUACUUUCAACUUACUAAAACAAUAAACCACACUGGAUAACACAACUUGCCAAGACCCGGAAAACGUAUUCACCUUCAUUGACAGCUACUUUUACAACGUGGACAUCAUGAGCCAACCCAACACGAAAAAAACUAAGCGAGACUCAUCUACCGAAACAGACGAUGAGACAACUAUCGAGAGCUGGGUGGUGCGUCUGAUGAUGGAGAGGUCGCUGGCGAUGAAGUGUCCUGACAUCAGCACCCAUCUGGCAGGCACCAAGAAGGUGCAGCAGGAGCUGGCCAGGCCUGGUAUUCUGCAGCGCUUCCUCCCAGACCAGCCAGAGGUGGUAGCCCAGAUCAGGGCCACCUUUACCGGGCUCUACACUCUUGACAUGGCUCUGCCGACAGGGACGACAGUGUACCAGCGACGACAGCGUACCAGCGACAAGUUCCCCAGCGCUUUGCAUUAUAUAAACGUGUCGGUCAGUCUCUCAAUACAGCGCCAGAACUGA